AUGAAUCCAAUAAAUCCAAACACUUUAUUUGGUGGUAGAUGGUAUGAAAUAGUUGACAGUUUUCCAUUCUACACUAAUACGCAGUCAAUGAAGAUGGGAGGUUCAAAGAAAAUAGGUAUUGAAAACCUUCCUUCACAUAUGCAUAGGUUCAGUGGAAGAACAUCUGUGGAAGGAAACCAUUCACAUUCAAUAACAAAAAGAGGUUAUAUAAAUCUUGCAGCGGGUUCGGAUAGAUGGGGAAUGAAUAGAUAUGAUAUCUCAGAUGACCCCAAAGAUGUUAGCACAGGUAUUUUCUGUGGAACUGCAGGAAAUCAUACACAUGUUGUAGCUGGUAUUACAGACCCAGCAGGUAAUGGAAAAGAUUAUAUGCCUCCUUAUAUAACAAUGCACGCUUGGAUACGAGUUGGUUAA